AUGCUUCCUCCCAUCCCCGUGCUGUCCGACUACGGAAUCUCACCCGACCAUGGAUUCCUACCGGACGUUCUUCCACUGACCCGACUGCCGGAUCCCUAUUAUAACAAGUGGGAGGCCGUCGUCGCCAAUCUUCAGGCGCUGGUUCUUAGUCGUCGCCUUCGUCCUGUCGUCGACCGCCUGCCGGUUCUCUCCACCAUCGGUCUGGAACACGACGCAGAAUGGCGGAGAGCCUACUCUCUGCUGUGCUUCAUGGCACACGCCUACGUCUGGGGCGGCGAUGAGCCCUGCGACCAGCUUCCCCCGGCCAUCACCGUCCCGCUCCUUGAGGUUUCCGACCACCUGGAAUUGCCUCCGGUCGCCACCUACGCCGCACUUUGCCUGUGGAACUUCAAGCCUCUCUUUGUUGAUGAGGACAUUGACAACCUUGAGAACCUCGCUACUCUCAACACCUUCACCGGUUCCCUGGACGAGUCUUGGUUCUACCUUGUUUCUGUCGCCAUCGAGGCGCGUGGUGCUCCCAUCAUCCCGCUCAUGCUGGAUGCUGUGGCAGCCGCCCGCCAAGGAGACUCAGCUACCGUCACCCGCAGCCUGCGCAGCUUCGCCGAGCGCAUGACGGACCUGACCAACAUCCUGCAACGCAUGCACGAGAGUUGUGACCCCAACAUCUUUUACAACCGCAUCCGCACCUUCCUCGCUGGCAGCAAGAACAUGGCCGAGGCCGGACUCCCCAACGGCCUCAACUAUGAAGACGGCUCCGGCAAGGAGGACUACCGCCAGUACAGCGGCGGCAGCAACGCUCAGAGCAGUCUCAUCCAGUUCUUCGACAUCAUCCUCGGCGUCGACCACCGACCGACGGGCGAGAAGCGUGACCCCUUCUCCGAGUCGGAACGUGAGUCUCGGGCCCCCGUCCCGCAGCACAACUUCAUCAUGGAGAUGCGCCGCUACAUGCCGGGCCCCCACGCCCGCUUCCUCAAGGACGUCUCCGGCAUCGCCAACAUCCGCGAGUUCGUGGAGUCUCACAAGCAGGAUCGCCAGCUCUGUCUGGCCUAUGACGCCUGCUUGGCCAUGCUGAGCGCUUUCCGCGACAAGCACAUCGCCAUUGUCACUCGCUACAUCAUCUUGCCGUCGCGCGAGGUGCGUGCCCGCAGCAGGUCGAGAAGCCCCGAGGCCGCACGCCAGCGCGUCAACCUGGCCACGGCUUCGCGUCAGCGCCAGUCCAACGCCCAGGGUAACAACCUGGAUGCUAACCCCAACAAGAAGAAUCUGAAGGGCACCGGCGGAACCGCCCUCAUCCCGUUCUUGAAACAGGCGCGAGAUGAGACCGGCGAGCCGGCCGUCGAGGAAUGGACCCGCCGCUUCAUGAAGAGGACUCACAAGUCGGAAGGCAAGGGGGAUUUCUUCCUGGGCAAGCCGGAACUGCCCGGCCCCGUCGCUGAGGUCGAGGUGAGCGGCUUGGCCGGCACCUGGACCGUCGACGACGACGUCGGCGGCAUUUGUCACUACUGA